AUGCCCAUUCCAACGAUAGUCACCAAAGCGCACCGCCCUGUCAUUGCGGCCUUGGUUCAGGAAGGUCUCACCAACCAGCAGAUCCAACACGAACUAUCAACUCACCAUGAUGUUCACUGUUUGCUCAGUACCAUCGCACGUGCCCGCUCCAACUGGAACUUACAGAUACGACCCAAUGCUGAGACUCAAGACUUCAAGAAUGAUCUCAUCACAUUCUAUCACGGUCAAGGUUUCGUGGCAGAGCAUCUCAUCGCAAUCCUUGAAGAGCGACAUGGAUUCAGCAUCUCACAGCGAACUCUGGCGCGACGCUGCAAGAGCCUUGGUCUACAACGCCGGAAAGACGAUGUGGACCAAGGGCGUGUUACCUUAGAUGACAUUGCUAACUUGAUUCAACAUGCUAAGCAGCGCGCCGAUGGCAAGCGAGCUGGAUAUCGUCGUGUUCAUCACAUUCUCCGGAACCAGUACCGUGUUUCUGUUCAUCGUGAGUUCGUCACUGCAGCGCAAGAUUCCCUGCAUAUUCUUCCAGCUGCUAUCAAUAUGGAAACUGCGUGGCCUGCAUUCCACAAGAUUCUCGCAUUCAUGCGCGCAUACGAUGCAGCAUUACUCGAGAUUCCGGCAGAUCAACCUCGAGCCCCAACCAACCACGAACAAGCCGUCAUUGCGGUCCACACCCGAUUUGGUCGACUUCCACGUUAG